CAAGGAAGCAUAUCUAAACACUUCAAUGUGCAUUCUAUAGCUAGACGCACGUGUAGAACUUAAUCUCAAGUAUCAAGUGUCAAUCAAUAAUUCAAGUAUCAAGACUUAAUGCGCAAUAACUAACUAACAAUACAUCAGUAAAUAAAAAAUAAAAAUGAGGGAUCAUUUUCUCUACGGAAAAUUCUUCGAUUUUCACAGUCGUGGCCCAUUUCCGGACCAUUUCGGGCCACACGGCUGUAGACCACAUGGCCAUGGACAUCAUGGUCAUGGCCCACAUGGUCAUGGCCCACAUGGCCAUGCACGACAUGGGCACGGACCUUGUGGACGCCCACAUGGUCCACACCACCACGGCAAGCAUGGACGUUUUGGAUGCCACGGACCUCAUAGGGAAGUUGGUUCCUUCGGCCCACGAGGUUUCAACCCAUGGGACAGCUUCAGACAUUUUGACAGACCAGGAAGACCAGGUCAUUUUGACAGACCAGGAAUACCAGGUCAUUUUGAUAGACCAGGACAAAGUUUCUUUGGAAGAGGUGAUUCCUGUAACCGCAGAGGUGGAUGUUUUGGAAGAAGAGGACACGAAAAGCAGAAGAGUUCUGAAGAGCAGACAUUCUUGUUCCGAGGUGUUGUAAUCGAACAGGACAAACGACCGAACUCCGUGUAAAACAAUGUACUUUGAUUUAUUUCUUACGAGUACUAGCUGAUGCCCGCGACUUCGUUUCCGUGGGUAUAGGUUUUUAAAUUCUCGUGGGAACUCAGUGAUUUUCCGGGAUAAAAAGUGUAAAGGGUGUUAAUCCAGGGUAUAAUCUAUCCCCAUUCCCAGCCAAAUCCAUCCAGUAGUUGUUGCGUUAUAGAGUAACUAACAAACAUCCAUAAUAUAUCCAUACUUACAAACUUUCUCGUUUAUAAAAUUAGUAGGAUGUUUUAACUUAUUAUGUUGAAUAAGAAAUUAAUAAAGUGUGUAGAUCCACUGAAUAAGGAUAAUAGUAAGAUAAUAUUAUUAGGUAUGUUAUAGUGGCUAUACUAAAUGCUAUUUAUUAUUAGAAUAAGCGUUUUGAUCAUACAAAUCGUCUAUAACGAGAUUGUUAUCUUAAUUUCAUGAAACUAUAGACGUGACCAACAAUUUCAUAAACUUUUAAUAAAAGGAUACUACCAAUUACCUAUAUCUAUAGUGCUUAAUCUUUUAAUUGGCGUAUACCAAAAUAAAACAUAUACAUACUAUUUACUCAAUGAAAAUAAUAAAAAUAUUAAAAA